AUAGCAGACGAAUGCUUACAUUUUCAGCCUGAUUUUUUCUAAUCUGAAUUUGACUGGAAGUCAUGGAAGAAAUUGGUUUGUAUACAGAUGCUAUAGCAUGUCUGAAGCAAACUCUGCAUGAGGGAAAUAAGGACUCCAAUGUUGACAUACAGCUGAUGUUGAGGAACAUCCAGAGAUGUCAGACGUCAGUGGAGAAACUGAAGCACAAUCAAGAAGACCAGUUAUUUAAGUCUGCUCUUGAGAAACUUGGAAGAAACUUAUGUUCCCAAGCAGACAUAUUGGAAAGGAAGAUAACCCAGCUGAAUACCAACCUCUCUGGAAGCCUGCUGCCACCAUCACAACAUCAGCCAGUAACAGCAACAACCUCUACAACAGGGCCAUUUCCAGAUGUUCCAGAACCAGGUGCCAGUGAAGGUCAGUCAAGCCAGAAGAGAGAACGGAGAUCAGCCAUAGAGGACACUAUUCUCACCAGCAGGAACAUUAAGUUCGGUGAUGUUGCAGGACUGGCUGAAGCUAAACAGGCCCUCACUGAGGCCAUCAUAAUGCCCCUGCACUAUCCACAGCUCUUUACAGGAGGUCGGAAACCGUGGAAACGUAUCCUUCUGUUUGGUCCUCCAGGAACUGGCAAGUCCCGUCUGGCCCAAGCUGUGGCAGCAGAGAUCAACUCCACUUUCUACAGUGUAUCUAGUGCAGACCUCAUCUCCAGCUGGGUCGGGGAGAGUGAAAAAUUGAUAAAGGAGCUCUUUUGUCAUGCCACAAAUCAACCUGGAAGAUCUGUGAUCUUCAUUGAUGAGAUCGACAGCAUCUGUCGUCAGAGGAGCAGUCGGGAAGAGGAACACACACGCAGGGUUAAGACCGAACUUCUAAAACAGAUGGAAGGGGCAGACAACUCUGGCAGCUCAGAUAAGAUAUUCCUUCUGUGUGCCACAAACUGUCCCUGGGAACUAGAUUCAGCAUUUUUGAGGAGAUUUCAGAAAAGGAUCUACAUUCCUCUACCAGAAAGUGAUGCUCGACUGCAGCUGAUCAAACUCCACAGCAAGGACACAAAGAUGAACCUGAGUGAGGAAGACUGGGGUGUGCUGGCGGACAAGACAGAAGGGUACUCAGGUAGCGACAUUGCCACCUUCACACUUGGGGCACUGUUUGAACCUGUCAGAGACCUACAGGCGUCUCUUCACUGGAGACAGUUGGCAAAUGGUCAGCUUGCACCAUGCAACUCAUCCUUUCGGGGUUCUCUCUCCUUCACCUUGUCUGAUAUACCUCCAGAUCAGAUCGUCCCCCGAGACAUCAAUCUGAGUGAUUUCCUGAAGGCUCUGCAGGCUCACAGAAGGACAGUGACAGAUGAUGAGCUGGAGAAGUUCCACAAGUUUACACAACACUUUGGGGAAACUGGGUGACAACUAACAUAUAUGACAACUGUUGUCACCCUCCUCUACAGUGUAAUUUACACCUCCCCUACAA